AAUACGGGUCAUGGGCGUUCCCAUUAAAAUCGUCCUACAUCGAAAUCGUCUUAUCCUGAGUGAAUUUUCUUUCAAAUCAUCGAAAAUGUCUUGCUGUGGAGGAAACUGUGGGUGUGGCUCUGGCUGCAAGUGUGGCAGCGGCUGUGGAGGAUGCGGUAUGUACCCAGAUUUGAGUUACUCGGAGGCCGCCGCCACCACCGAGACUCUGGUUCUCGGCGUUGCUCCCCAGAAGACAUAUGUUGAGGGAUCUGAGUCCGAGAUGGGUGCGGAGAAUGGGUGCAAGUGCGGCUCUGACUGCAAGUGCAAUCCAUGCAAUUGCAAAUGAGAGACCGGAAUUUGAAGCAGAGAUGGAGAAAAACGUAUUAGUUUAAUAAUUUGUGUCUGUGUUAAUAGGAGCAAAUUGAUUACAUCUUCUAAGUAUGAUGAAUUAAUUGUGUUCCUUGUAAUAAAAGUGCUGCUUUUGUGUUUAUGACUGAUUCUGUUUGGUCUUUGUAACUUUCUCUGCUUCUGUUUGGAGUUUCCUCUAGAUAAUAUUAAAAGAAAGAGGGAGUCUGGUUGAAUUAAUUAAUGCAUGAAUGAACACUCCUUUUUUCUGCUAAA